UCUGUUUUUAUGGCAGAGCAGCAGCACAAACCAGAAGAGAUGGUAUCCAUUCCAGAGGUAUCUAUGGGUGCCACAGGCCAAGGCAUCCCCUCCCUUGGCAUGGGCACAGCAGUCUAUCCCUUCGGUUCUGCUUCUGAAACCAUGAAGUCGGCCAUUCUCGAUGCAAUACAACUUGGUUACAGGCACUUUGAUACGGCCGCUUUGUAUCAAUCAGAGCAACCUCUUGGGGAAGCCAUCAAAGAAGCCCAAAGCUUGGGGUUCAUCAAAUCCAGAGAUGAGCUUUUCAUCACUUCCAAAUUUUGGUGUACUGAUGCCCACCAUGACCGUGUCCUUCCAGCUCUCAAAAAGACUCUCCAGAAUCUUCAAUUGGAGUACCUUGAUCUAUAUCUCAUCCAUUGGCCUGUAAGUCUGAAACCAGGGGAACUUAUUGAACUGCCCUUAAAGAAGGAAGAACUUCUCCCUAUGGAUUUCAAGUCUGUUUGGGAAUCAAUGGAGCAGUGUCAGAAGCUUGGCCUCACUAGAUUCAUUGGAGUCAGCAACUUCUCUUGCAAGAAGCUCCAAGAAUUACUUGCUGUUGCCAAGAUCCCUCCAGCCAUCAAUCAAGUGGAGAUGAAUCCACUUUGGCAGCAGAAGAAGCUGAGGGAGUUCUGCAAGGAAAAGGGAAUACUUGUUACUGCUUACUCUCCCUUGGGAGCCAAAGGAACACUUUGGGGAACUAACAGAGUUAUGGAGUGUGAGGUUUUAAAAGAGAUAGCAGAGGCAAGAAGAAAGACAAUUGCUCAGGUUUGCUUGAGAUGGGUGUACGAGCAAGGGGUGAGUAUAAUAGUGAAGAGCUUGAAGAAGGAAAGGUUGAAAGAGAACCUUGAGAUCUUUGAUUGGAUGCUAAGCAAAGAUGAGUUGAAGAAGAUCGAUGGUAUUUCCCAAAAGAAAGGGUACCCUGGGUUGGAAUUUGUUUCAGAAGAAGGACCGUACAAGUCUCUCGAUGAGCUUUGGGAUGGGGAGAUAUAGAGCAUUAUAAAC